AUGGGCCUAAGCCACGGAACAUCUGCGUGUCGUCAUCGGAACAGGGAGCUGCUGGACUUUCAGUAUCAAAGGCGAGGGGACAAGCGAAAUCGACUUCGACAGUUUCGAGAACAGAAGUUCGAUUCUGACGACGACGAGGAGGGCAUUUGGGAAGCGUGGGGCGGCUCAGGCGAGUUGACACUGGCAAAUGGUCAACCCUUCAGCAGCGGCACAGAAAACGAGGAGACUGGCAGAGAGUUUGAACGCACUAUCCAACGCCUCUUCAGCUUAGCUUCAACGAAGAUUAUACUACAACAUGGCCUUGAUGAUCAGGUUACACAAAGACUGCAAAAAGCUCAUCGCCGGCUCCGCCGAGACCUCGCCAUGGUGGAGUGCGACUACAACAUCGGCCCGGACAAGUUCGUGCUCGCCCAGCUGGAUGGUGUUGGCAGCCUAUCGCCGAGCAUGACGAUGGGCGAAUGGGUCGUGGAGCCCCUCAAGAAGGAGGGCAAGUGCAUUGCCGAGUUCUGCAUCAACUCAAAACCCUUCAGCGCCAAAGUUUACCAACUUGGGCGAAUUGCUGAGAUGAUUGAUGCAGGAGCGACGUGUACUGACAGUUAUGAGAUCAAGGGCCCUGACAUCAUCUACCUCAUCAUCGUCGACAAAUCGCGUCCCAAUCUGGAACCUUCAAGGAUUGUCCGCAGGUACACUGCGCUCAGCCGCGCAUUUGACAAUGGCAGGUUCGGCGUACUGUACGUCAGCAUGGGAACACUGGUGAGUGCGUGGGAACGAGGCUCUGCAGGCAUGAGCUCAACGUCCGUCGUCUGGGUGCGGGAGCUGAUCCGCAAG